AUGUCUUUCAACAACAGAAUCUCAUCCUUCGGGUCCAACGACAGCGGCUACGAGAGUGCCGCCGUUGAAGUUUUCGACGAGCCUCGCCGCCCAGUCAUCAAGAACCCUGACCACACGAAGGAAAUUGCCAGACAUCGUCAGCAUCUGAUGGCUUCCGAGAUGUCAAGAAGAGACGCAGACGAAUACCAGCAAGACAUGCUUGAGCAUAUGCUUAAGGUGGAUGCUGAAACCAUGCCUGACGUUGACGCAAUCGACAUCCAAACCGAGAUUCAAUGGUACAUGAGACCUUACCUUCUCGACUUCUUGGUGGAAGCCCACACUGCAUUUCAGCUCCUACCCGAGACCCUCUUCCUCACAAUCAACCUUCUUGACCGUUACUGCUCGAAACGCGUCGUCUACAAGCGUCACUAUCAGCUCGUUGGCUGCGCUGCACUGCUCAUCGCAGCCAAGUACGGAGACAAGAAAGAGAAGGUUCCCACAAUCAAAGAGUUGAAAUCUAUGUGCUGUUCGCUUUAUGAUGAGGACAUGUUUUUGCAGAUGGAGUGGCACGUUCUGUCGACUCUUGGUUGGGCCAUUGGGCACCCCACAGUCGACGCGUUCAUGCGGCUGGCUGUCAAGGACAAUGUCUACGACCCCGAAACAGAAAGCUUGACACUUUACAUCCUGGAGAUCGCCCUGUAUCACCGAGACUUCGUGUCCAGGCAGUCACACACCCUUGCCCUUUCGGCCCUUGUUCUGGCCCGCCAUAUUCUCGGUCGACCUCAAGCUCGCGCGAAUGAGUUUGGCUCUCACUUCUGCAGCACCACCGUUAUGGAACUGUUGCAGAAAGUGCACGAGCCUUCGGGCAUUUUGGCACGGAAAUAUGCCUCGGUACGCUACUCUGGUGUUUCUCGAGUCUUGACCAAUUUCCUGGCCCAGAAGGCUGCGAUGUCGGCCUCCAGGGCUCCAUUGACUCCGACAUAUGAUAUCAGCCCGCCCUCAGCCAUCACCAAACCCGCUGGCCCCGAAUACUUCCAAACUUAUGCCACGCCUCAGAAGCCCCAGUUCCCCUCUUUGGUGCAACACGGUCUGUACACACCUCCAAUCACCCCUGAGGGAGAGAUGUUUGGUGUGACACAAAAGACCUUCAACGCCCCCAACCAAUGUGCACCUCCAACACCGACUCCCACCACUGUGGGACAGCAAUUUACCUCACAUUACCCGACCUCGACUCAGCAAUGGAGCGGCGAAUCAUACUGA